AUGCUAGGGGCUCCUCGGAUUCUUUCGCCAACCCUUAUUAUUCAUGGUCUGGAGGACCGUGUAAUCCAUCCUCUCCAUGCUGUCCGGUUACAGGAGAAGAUCCCCAACGUUCUCGAACCACUGUUCAUUCACGGUGCAGGACACAACGAUUGCGAGUCGUUUGAGGAGUAUCUCAUUCGAUUGGAGUACUUGAUCUAUGUGGAACUGCCUGAGGCCCUAUCCAAGCUGGACGAUGUCAACUCAGUAUACGAGGCUACUCGUUGUUCAUGUUCCCCUUGUUGUGGUGGCCGUGGCGGUAAAAAUUGCCGUCAAAUAGCUCCUUCGCCAGUCUCCAGUGGUUGUGAAACAGUGACGACCUCUGAACCUGAAACGGUCGAUUCACGGCAAAACAUCAUUUCGAACGGGAACGGGCCAACCUUUUCCUGGCUCAGACACAAACGUGGAGUUCAUGGAUCUUAUCGGUUUAUCAGACGUGGUAGAAGAAAGUCCACGUUUAGGGAUGGCCCGACGCCUGCGAAUUCCCCAGGAAGCUCUGGUGAACAGAGUAGUGAUACCCAACAAAGUGGCGAUGCGUCAACAAGAACCUAG